AUGACUUCGACAAGCUUGCCAUUUAUCACCGCCACAGCUGAUGGACUGAAACACAUAAAAACCACGCUGACACGUGCCAAGUUCCAAGAAUUGUGCUCAGAUUUACUCGCCAGGUGUAAUACUCCCGUUGAGAAUUCACUGAGGGAUGCAGAGCUCAAGUUCAAAGAUAUUGACGAGGUGAUCCUCGUUGGUGGAUCCACACGUAUUCCUAUUGUUCAGGAGGUCGUCAGGAAGCAGACUUGGAAAGAACCUAAUGUCACAGUUAACCCUGACGAGGUUGUGGCUCUAGGUGCUGCAGUCCAGGCGGGUGUUCUUGCUGGAGAUGUGAGUGACAUUGUGCUUCUCGAUGUGACACCGCUUUCGAUCGGUUUGGAAACCUUUGAAGGUGUUAUGAAUAAGUUUAUUCCAAGGAACUCUACACUGCCUACUUCUAAAUCAAAGGGUGAGAGGGAGUUUGCUAGGGAUAACAAGUGUCUCGGCAGCUUCCUUCUAGAUGGUAUUCCACCAGCACCACGUGGAGUUCCAAAAAUCGACGUCAAAUUUGACAUUGAUGCAAAUGGAAUCCUCUCCAUCACUGCUACUGAAAGAGCCUCCGGAAAUAAACAAGAGAUUACCAUUACUGGUGCUACUACAGUGCCCAAGGAUGUGGUAGAGAAAAUGGUCAAAGAGGCAGAAACGUUUGCAAAGGAUGACAAAGAGAAGAGGGAGGCAGUUGACACAAAGAACAAGGCGGAUUCUGUUGUGUACAAGACCGAGAAGCAACUUAAAAUAUUUGGAGAGAAAAUUCCAGGUGAAGUGAAAGAGAAGAUAGAGGCUAAGCUACAAGAGCUCAAAGUCAAGAUUGGAAGUGGAUCGAUCCAAGAAAUCAAGGACUCCAUUGCUGCUGUUAACCAAGAAGUGAUGCAGAUCGGUCUGUCUAUGUACAAGUACAAGUACAAUCGGUUGAUUUGA